CCCCAUCAUCGCCCCGACCAUGAACGCGUGACGACCAUGACGGCAUCGUCUUCCAUCCUUUAUCAAAAUCAGGAUGCCACCGUCUUUAUAGUUGACAUCCCCACCUCAAUUGCGCUCGCACAGGCGCUUCCGACCCCCACCUCAUCCAACCAAGAUCAUUUCGGGAAAACACUCCUCUCUGCAGCGCCUAUCACGACCCCUUAUCCACCUGCAACCGAGCCCAAAACCGAAGCAGCACGGGCCCGAGUUCUAGAGAGAAUUCCGCUCUCCGAACGAGUCUUCCAGACGGAGAUCAUCGAACCCCUGGUCACCGAGAAACUCGCUGAGCUCCGACAGACACUCGCCGCCGGGUUUGAUUGGUGUCUACCUCGAAUCGCCGUCGAGAGUGAUGCCCUCGAGCAGGUCUCUUCUGGAAAGAGGAAACGGAGUGAGCAGCUACGCAGAGAUGGAUGUCGCUGUCGACUGUGGGAGGAGGGAUCCGCCUCCGACUGGGUGGAAGAGAAAUAUACUUCUCGAUCAGAGACGAAGCUCUCCCAGGGUCCGCCAUUGAUCCUGUCGCCCGGCUUGAAUGCCUUCGGGUCCAUGUCGGAACUUUCCCAUCUGGUGGUCAAGAACACAUCUGUCGAAUCGGCCACGGUGCAGAUACGCUGCCAAUUAUUGGAACCCGAUCAAUCUAUCUCACCCGCGAAUGAGACGCACAACUCACAUCACCAUCACCACCACUACCAUUCAUUCCACAUCCCCCCUCUAUCCAACUUCCUCCGAUGCCGACUCCCCAUCUCAGACCCCACGACGAAGAAGGAACCCGACCCCAUCCCCGGCCUCUCCCGCAAACAGAAAUUCAAUCUCAUCCUCCUCGACCCGCCAUGGACGAACCGCUCCGUCCGUCGUAGCGGCCACUACCGCACGCAAUCGUAUCUAGACUGGGACCUGCUCACGCGACGAGUCCGCGGGAUUCUGCUCACGCAUCUACACCCACACUUCCAGGAGAAGCACCCUCUGCCCGUAAACGGCUCUAACGGGACAGAGUUCGGGAUGAAUCUACCUGCACACGCAGACGCAGACGCAGACGCAGACGCAGACGCAGACGCAGACGCAGACAUCCCAGCCUCUAUCGCAGCAAUCUGGAUCACCAACUCCGCGAAGGCGCGAACUGCAGCAUACGACGUCAUCCGGGGGGCCGGACUGACCGUCUGUGAGGAAUGGGUAUGGCUGAAGACGACGACGGACGGACAGCCGAUUUCGUCGCUGGAUGGGCUUUGGAGGAAGCCGUAUGAGAUUCUUGUGAUUGGGAGACGGGGGGAUCCGUCUGCUGCAUCUGAGGGGCGGGGUCAGGAAGAUGAUGUGAAGAGGAGGGUCAUUGCGGCUGUUCCGGAUGUUCAUUCUCGGAAACCGAAUCUGAGGGAGCUUUUUGAUACGGUGUUCUUUAGGACGCAGGACGGUCGGCGCGUGAAGUACGAUGCUUUGGAGGUUUUCGCGCGUAACCUCACGGCUGGGUGGUGGGCUUGCGGGGAUGAGGCGCUCAAGUUUAAUUCGGAGGAAUGGUUGGUUGAUGGUGAGAAGGAGAUGGGGGAUGAGGGGGCGGGAGCGAGCGAGUGAGUGAGUGAGUGAGUGAGUGUUUGGAUUAAGCAUGCACCUUAUCCUAUACCCAUACAUACAUCGAAUUCA